AUGGUUCAUUACGAAGACUUUGAGCAGGUUGGAGUUGCUGAUAUCCCAGGAUUAAUUGAGGAUGCACAUAAAAAUGAGGGUCUAGGCAUAUCAUUCCUGAGACAUAUCGAACGGUGCAGAUGCUUCUUCUACGUCAUAGAUUUCACCUUGAAUGAAUACAAAGAGCAAUUGGAUGCUCUCCAAUUUGAAUUGGAGCAAUACAGAAAGGGAUUGGUUAACCGACCAAGUUGUGUUGUAAUCAAUAAGAUAGAUCUCGAUCAGAAUAAUAUUGACAGGAGUGUCGUGGAAAAGAUGUUUCCCGGUCUCCCAUGUUUCUUCGUAUCCGCCAAAUAUGGAGAAGGUUUAACGGAAUUAUUAACAUAUCUGCGUAGCAUUCAUGAUUUGGAAACCAAAUAA